AUGUGCAUCGAUUAUCAAGCACUCAACAAACAGACCAUUAUGAACCAGGUACCCUUAGCUAGAAUUGAUGAAGUAUGGGAUCAGGUAGGACGAUCGAAAUACUUUUCCACCAUUAAUCUAAGAUCUAGGUAUCAUCAAAUAACGUUGAGGGAUGCUCAUAUUCAAAAGACAGCAUUCCGGACUAGAUAUGGUCAAUACGAAUACCUAGUAACGCCCUUUAGAUUAACAGGUGCCCAGGAUGCUUCCAGACCCUCAUGA